ACCUUAUCGUGAUUGAUGAUAUAUGGACCAAAGAAGCAUGGGAAACAAUUAACUGUGCAUUAUACAAAAAUGAUAGAGACAGCAAAAUUAUCACAACAACACGUAUGUAUGAUGUAGCAAAAGCAUGCUGCUCUUCAGAUGGUGAUUUUGUUUACGAAAUGAAGCCCCUUGGUCCUGCAGACUCAAAGAUGUUGUUUUUUCAGAGAUUGUUUGGAUCAAAAGAGAAGUGCUGCCCUGCACACCUCACAAGGAUAUCUAAUAAGAUACUAGAAAAAUGUGAUGGUUUACCUUUGGCUAUCAUUUCCAUAUCUGGUUUACUUGCCAGCAAAGCGCCGACGGAGGAUGAAUGGGGUCGAGUGCUGAAUUCUAUUGGCCGUGGGCUAGCAAAAAAUCCAGAUGUCAAAAGCAUGAUGCAAAUAUUAUCACUUAGUUAUUUCGACCUUCCUCGUUAUCUGAAGACUUGUCUGCUGUACUUGAGUGUAUUUCCAGAGGAUUCAAUCAUUGAUAAGAAGCGGUUAGUAAGGAGAUGGAUUGCAGAGGGAUUCAUUCAGAAGGAACAAGGACAAACACUUCACGAUUUAGGAGAGAGGUGUUUCAAUGAGCUCAUCAAUAGAAGCUUGAUCCAAGCACGGGCACGGGACAUUGAUAUGUACGGCGAGGUGACAGCUUGCCAGGUCCAUGACACAAUUCUUGACUUCAUUGUAUCCAAAUCGGAAGAAGAGAAUUUCGUUAGUGUAUUGGGUGAUGGUUAUCAAAUAACUCAUGGUCCAGGUAGCAUGGUCCGCCGCCUAUCUGUCCAUGCUAGCAGUAAAGAGAAAGCGUCCACAAUGACUCGGCUGAAUUUGUCUCGUGUCCGGUCAGUUACAGUGUUUGAUUACUCUGUGGAACUACCUUUGUGGUCAAAGCUCAGUUUUCUUCGUGUUUUGGACUUGCAUGGCUGCAGGCAGGUGAAAGGUGAUCAUCUUACAGAUAUCGGGAACUUGUUUCAGUUGAAGUACCUGAGCCUCCGUAAAACUGAAGUUUGUGAGCUGCCAGAACAGAUUUGGAAACUUAAGUGUCUGGAGAUACUAGACCUAAAGGAGUCAAAAGUGACAGAAUUACCCGCUGGUAUUGCUCAGCUCCAAGGAUUAGUCUGUUUGGCUGUUGACAAGGGGGUUAAGCUUCCUGAUGGAGCAGAAAGAAUGACAGCCUUGGAGGAUUUAGAUUGUGUAGAUAUCUUCAAGCAGUCAGUUAACUUUCCACAAGAGUUUAGGCAGCUGAAAAAUCUUAGGAAUGCCGAGUUAUUUCUGAGCUCUGAUAAUUGCAGUGUAGAAGGAAGUCACAAGGAGGAGUAUAUGAAUGAUAUAGCCUCUUCACUCUGCAAACUUAGCCACCUUCUUUCUUUAUCUAUUGACGUUGACCCUAAAAGUAGGGAAGACUUCUCCUUGGAUUCAGGUGGUGAUGAUGCUCCAACUGGCCUCCAGAGAUUCGAAAUCACGAGUCAUUUCAUCUCCAAGGUUCCAAACUGGGUGCGAUCCCUCUCGAAUCUCCGAUUUCUAACACUUCAUGUUAAGGAAUUCGAGGUGGAUGACAUCAUGGCGCUUGGGCUCCUGCCAGCUCUGGUGUUUCUCCGUCUGGUAGCACACAAACGGUUUCCAGGAAGAAGGGUAACAAUCUGUGGCGCUGAUGGGUUUCACAGCCUGCGUCACUUCGAUUAUGGCUGUGCCAUACCAAUCACAUUCGAGGCUGGAGCAAUGCCUAUGAUUGAAAAGCUUACCUUCAUGUUCAGUAUCUGCAAAACAGCCCUUCUAGUGAGAAAUGAUGAGUUCCUUUUUCCUUUUGGGGUCCGACACCUGACCAGUCUUGACAGUGUUAACUAUCUGCUUCAUUGGCACAGAAAAGAAAUUGACGGAUGGAUCACUGAGAAGAUGGCCCAGAUGGCUCACAUGAGCUGCGAGCAGCUGAAGGCAACUAUUCGUGAGAUGGAAGCCAUAGAACAAAUGUUUACGUCAGAGAAACGUAUGGAGAAGGCAGCUCGUGCCCAUAUCACGUCACCCGAACUUACGAUCAGAAGAACUGUACAGUGGAGGAUAUCGAACGUCAGUGGGAACAGGCUGACGUCUGCCAUACUUCAACCCAGUCCGCAGAUACACAAGUUAAGGGGCAUCAAAGCGCAAGUUGAAGAGCAGAUCAGGAACUGCCUGCUCCAGGGAAAUGGCUAUUGCCAAUGUCGAGGCCUUUUGUGAUGAGAAGGCAAGUACAAUGGCCACCUCGCCAUUUGACGCACUAUACCACAUCCUCGAAUCACCGACUGCAUAGGAGUCGGUGUAAGCCAUUAUACUGACUAAUCAUCAGUGGUAUAGAGCUUUGCCAACUCCACCUUUUUGUCGCUGCAAGUGCGGGCGGUAUAAAAUUUUACCGACUGAUCAUCCGACCCAACAUGGAGUUUUUAGUAACUGAUAGUUCAACAAGAUAGUUUAUGUGGAUAAAUAAAAUAAAAGUUGAUCUGUGAGCAAUAGUGCAA